AUUGGCUGGGCAUGUGAGUCCAUAGUCCAGACUCCCACGUCACAACACAACACCACAAACUCCAACCUUGUACCCUUUUCUCUUCUCAAAUCUCAUCGCACCCACCUCCACACCACAACUUUCAAUCUCCAUUUUUCUCAAUUUUACUUGUGUUUUUCAUCCAUGGGACAGGUGUUCAACAAAAUUCAAGGUAAGGAUUGGAAAGAAAAGCAAAUAAGAAAGAUAACUGAUAAGGUUUAUACAAAACUUAUAAAUCAAUCGGAAAGGGUUUCGCCUACUCUUACCUUUGAAGAUCUCUACAUUGGAGUUCUUCUAGUCUUUAAUGACCUUAACAAGCGUUUGCCUGGCCCCCAUUUCGAUCCACCCUCCAAAGAUGAGGUCCGAGCUAUUAUUGAGGAGUGUGAUAUGAACCUAGAUGGAGAAAUCAACAGUGAAGAAUUUGUAAAAUUCAUAAAGCGGCUCACAGAAAACACAUUCAUCACAGUGAGUCAAGGACUGAUAUUGACAUUGGUUGUGGCACCCACAGUGGCAUUGGCCACAAAGAGGGCCACAGAAGGCGUCCCAGGCGUUGGAAAGGUUGUUCAGAAGAUACCCAAUUCCAUUUACGCCUCUCUCAUCACUAUGGCCAUAGUCAUGUUCCAGAAAUCACAGCUGGACUCAGAUUAUUAGAACAGAAAGAAACCAUUUUUAUUCAUUACUUUGUUGUGAACAAAGACAGUCAGUCAAUGAUGCAAUUACCACAACAAUAUAAUAUAUAUAUAUAUAUAUAUAUAUAUAUGAUAAGAAUCAAUCAAGCAGCAGAGGUGAGUUUUUGAAGUUGAGAUUUGGCUUCAUCCACUUGCUUUUGCUCUGAAGCCAUUGCCUUUUGGAUUGAUGUGCGAAAAUAGAGGUUGCCCUUCUUGUGAUACACAACAGACUGAAAUUGUUUUUUGUUUUAAUGGUAAAUUAAUAAAUAUAUUUGAUACAAA